CAAAGGCAGCACAACUUCACGACUGAGGAUAACAUUUGGAUAGUUUUUGAAUACAAAAUGCCGUACUACGAGGAGGAACGUCGCCAUCACCACCAUCAUCACCAUGGUGGAAGGCCAAUCGUGGAGGUGGACAUUGUGCCGCCGAGGAUCCCGCGACCGGUGAUCGAGAUCGGAGUGGGUGGGCGCUACCCACCGCCGCCCCCCAUGGUGGAGGUCAUCACCCCAGCCAACGUCUACCAGCCCCCACCGCCUCCACGCCCCGUCAUCGAGGUCGAUGUGGUGCCCCCUAGUCGCCCCUUCAUCGAGUUCAACAUCGGCGGUCGCCGUCCUCCGCCCAGGGAGGAGGUCAUCAUCGUCCAGCAGCCCCCACCGCCCAGGUGGUAGGCGUGGUGCAACUUUCGAGCCUUCGAAAAGAGUGAACAAUCAGACAUAAAAUACUUUAAAUUUCCAUUACAUUCCCUAAAUAAAUAAUAUACCUAAUCUUCAAUAAACACUUUAAAAAUAAAAAUGUUGGCUUGUACUCAUUAUCCAUUUUAAAAAAGCAAAUUCCUAUAAAAGUCAAAUAUGUUUGUACACUAAAUUAAAAUUCAAUAAAUAAAAUAUUGUUCACGCUUCUA